CUCCCUCGGCUCCCGGUGCGGGGUUCCGCCGGCGGGGACGCCUUCAUACCUGCCCCGCCUGGGGCGCUGUGCUGGGCCGGCGCCCUCCAGUAUAUGCUGCGGCGGGGGCGGCUGCUGGAGGCGCUCGAGCGCCGCCGGGGACAGGCAGCGACUCCCUACGGCUCCCCGCGUCGCGCCGGCCCUCCCGUGUCCUGCCCGAGCGGCUGGCGGCGGCUGCGCUACCACCGGGCCGGAGCCGCGUCCCGCCGGCGGAGGCAGGAUCCAGCGCGGCGCGCGCCCGACGGACGGCGGGUCCCCGUGCACGAGCCGGGCGCUCCCGCCGCCGCGCCGCCAUCUUCUGCUGGCGCCCCGCUGGGCGGCUCUUUGUCCGCCGCUGCUGCCACGCCGCGAGCCCAGCCCGGCGACGGAGGGCGGCGGCGGCGGCGGCGGCCAGGGGAGCAGGUCUUGGCCGGGCUGGAAGAGCACAAGCGGCGGGCAGCCAUGAGGAAGAGCCUCCCGGGGCUGCUGGGCGUCCAGCCUGCCGUCGUGGGGCAGGAGCUGCCCCCGCCCCCGCCAGGGAGAGCCUCCAGCAGCAGUGAGAGCGAGGAGGAGACCACCCAGGACGAGGCCUCUUCUUCGGCUUCUGAAGUGGACGGAACAAGCGGGGCUGAAGUGAAAAAGGAGCAGGGGUCCGCGGAGCAGCCUGAGGAGGGCAACCCCGGGAUCCAAGCCCAAGAGAUGGGAUUCAGCACUAACUCAGAUGCCUUGAUGGGACUCUCCCGCUGUCCUCUUUGUCAACUAGAAUGUGGCAGCAGGGAACAGCUUGUGACUCACGUGUACCAGCACACAGCGGCUGCAGUCAGUGCCAAGAGCUACCUGUGUCCUGUCUGCAGCCGAGCACUCAGCUCCCCAGGGUCGCUGGGUAGGCACCUCCUCAUCCACUCUGAGGACCAGCUGUCCAACUGUGCAGUAUGCGGGGCGCAUUUCACCAGCCACGCCACUUUCAACAGUGAGAAGGUGCCGGAGGUGCUGUCUGGAGAUUCCCUGCCUACUCCUCCCCAGGAGGGUUCUUCUAGCACCGAAGAGAAAGCUGCUACUCUCAGCCCUGCUGUGUAUCCUGCUGGCCUCCUCCUUGUGUGCAACAGCUGUGUAGCUUACCGCAAACUUCUGGAAGCUCAAGCUCCAGGGGUGCGCAAGUGGGCUUUACGGCGGCAGAACGAACCUCUAGAAGCAAGGCUGCAACGUCUAGAACGAGAACGUACAGCCAAGAAAAGCCGUCGGGACAAUGAAACACCAGAGGAGCGUGAAGUGAGGCGCAUGCGGGACAGGGAGGCUAAGCGCCUGCAACGGAUGCAGGAGACAGACGAGCAGCGAGCACGACGCCUGCAGAGGGAUCGCGAAGCCAUGCGCCUCAAACGUGCCAAUGAAACACCUGAGAAGCGGCAGGCUCGCCUCAUCCGAGAACGUGAAGCAAAGCGACUCAAGCGGCGGCUAGAAAAAAUGGACAUGAUGCUGCGUGCUCAAUUUGGCCAGGACCCCUCAGCAAUGGCAGCACUGGCUGCUGAGAUGAACUUCUUCCCACUCCCUGGGGGAGGCAUGGAAUUGGACAGCCAGUUGCUCAGCAAAAUGUCCUUUGAGGAGCCAAGCCCCAGCACACUGCAUUGAAUCCUUCCCCUUGAGCUCUUUGGACUGGGUCUUUUUGCUGUGCCAGUGGACCUGGAAUGUGGCCAGCAAAUUGUUUCUGCUCUAUGGGUGCUACAGGUCACAAUGGAAAUGGGCUGCAGGGAGGAAAAAAUAAAUUGCCUGUAUGUGUUGCAUGCU